CUACCCAGGACCAGCAGCUAAUGCUUCAAGCUUUAUACAUCACUUGAAAGACUAGUUGUCACACAGAAAGAGAGAGAACGAGAAAGUGUUGAACUUAAUUAAGAUGGCAGAAGUGAUCCUCCACGUAUAUGACGUUACAAAUAGUAAUUCCAGCAAUGAAACCCUAAAUUUCGCCCUCGUUCAACUCAAUAACUUCUGUAAAGAAGCCAUCCCUAUCGGCGGCGUCUUUCACACCGCUGUCCAGGUUUAUGGCGACGAGGAAUGGGGAUACGAGCAGUGCGAUAAAGGCACCGGUGUUUACAGCUGUCCCGCCGGCAAAAACCUGAUGUACACAUACCGUGAACGUAUAGUUCUCGGAAGAACAAAUUGCUACGCUGCCAAGGUGAGUCAGAUCCUAAAAGAACUUAGUCAGGACUGGCCGGGAAUUAAGUACGAUCUGCGGGCAAAAAACUGUAACCAUUUCUGUAAUGAGUUGUUGCAGAGGCUGGGAGUGCCCAAGCUUCCGCCAUGGGUAAAUAGGUUUGCCGAUGUCGGAGAUAUUGCCUGUGAAACAUCACAAACUCUUCAAAAAACUAAGGAUGAAAUGUUAACGGCUGGAAAAGAGGCAUGUAAGAAUGCCAUUGAUAAUGCUAUUAAGACUCCCAAGUCUCUUAUCAGUUUAAGCAAAGGUACUCGCCUUCGAACAGAGCAAUUUAAACCAAAGUUCUUUGCUGGACGAAUUGCUAAAUCAGAUGAAGAAACCGGUGAGAAGUAAACCCUUGGGGACUGGAACUUAACCCAGCCAUGACCAUGUAAAAUGAUGGCCUAGUCGUAUUAUACUAUAUUCGAGUCCUAUCUCUAUCUUCAUGCAUGUUCGUAUUGGUGUCCGUGUCCAUUUGUAGUGUGCUAUUUCCCUGUGAAAAAUUCUAUGAGUACGGGUUUUCUCUUUUCCUUUUACCUACCUGCCUAUUUCUCUUAUAUUGAGUGAUGUGUAAUGCGUUAUUGCAUCAAUAUUACUGUUAUUGUACCUUUAUCGCCUUCUUCUCUCCCCAAAACUGUUGAUAAUUUUCUUUGAUCAACAAUUUUCACCAA